UAAGAUUUGGUAUACCAUGGAGAACUAUGGGAGCUGCAGAGCCCUCAUUGGUUUUACAAUGUUUAAAGGUGCCAAAAUUUUUACAAAGGAUGGAAGCGAGAGCACGCGAAAGAGACGAAAAACAUGCAGUAAUAAGAGAAAGGCGUAAACAAAUUGAGGAAGAAAAGUUAAGAUUAAAGCAGCAGGCGGAGCUGGCAAAGGCUGAAAUGGAUAAAGAGGAAAAAACUAAACGCAUAAAAGACCUGAAACAAAAAAGAAGAAAGGAGAAAAUUGAAAACAUACGCAAAAAGCAACAUGCAGAAAGAAUGAGAGCACUAAUGGUUAUGGCCGAUUUACAUUACGAAAAGAGUUUAAUGAUACGAUACGGUGUGCUGCCAUUUCAGAUUUUGAUACAAAUGAAACGGGACAACCUAGAUCAAGCGAAGGCGCAUCAUAAAUUUCAAUUAAUUAAAAAUAUAUUUUUACAUUGGAUGUUUUAUACGGAAGAUAUGUGGUUUGAGAGAAAUUUUACAGCUGAGGAACAUUAUAGAAAAAAGGUUUUAAGGCGAGCAUUUGAUACUUUGCAGAAGAAUCAUUACAAUUAUAUCUUGAAGAAGCAAGUCGCCGAAGAUUACUACGAUUUUUACGUAACUCAAUUAGUUUUUAGAAAGUUUUGCGAAGGCAUUAAUGUCGUUAAACAAGAGAUUGAAUUAAAAUGGACAGCAGCUGUUACGUAUCACAACUGUAAUGUUAUUUUCAAGACUUUCACAUGUUGGAGGGCGUUGCCUGCGUUGAAUGCUCUCAAGCGAGACCAAGAAGCUCGCAAACGUAAGUGGAGACAGAAAGUCAUGCUGGUACUACCCGAUUAUAACCCCCCAGAAGACUGAUUUCAUGACAGUGCAUUUUCUGAGCAUGGGACAUUCAAUUUACAUUAAGGAAAUGUAAACGUUUCUAUUCGAUAUGCAUUAUGAAAGGGUUUUAUAUAAUAAACAAUG